AUGGCAACCAAACCUAGUGGCACCACCACCACCACCACUCCCACCACAAACCCCACCAUGAAAAACCAAACAUACAAGCCAAAAGUCAUCCCUUACCGACCAAACCGCCGACACAACCGCCGUCGUCAUUGCAACUGUCGUAGAUGUUUCUGUUUAUGUUGUUUCUGGUCUGUACUCAUCAUUUUCUCCAUUCUUGUUCUUGCUGCUAUUGCUGGUGCUAUUUUUUACGUCCUUUACCACCCUCAACUUCCUUCGUUCGCCAUUUCUUCUCUCAAAAUCUCACAAUUUAACCUCACUACAACUUCUGACGACACUACAAAACUCACCACUAAAUUCAAUAUCACUCUCUCUACCAAAAAUAAAAACAAGAAACUUAUUUACACUUAUGAUCCAAUUGUUCUAACAGCAGAAUCAACAAACCAAAUUGUUCUAGCAAAUGGAAAUUUUCCAGGAUUUAUUAGUAUACCAAAUAAUAUUACUAAUAUACAUUCAACAUUGUCAAUUGUAUCACAAGAUCUUGAUGUGGAUUCAGUUUCAACAUUGAAGUCAGAGCUGAAGAGAAAAAAUGGAUUGCCAGUGAAGAUUUUGUUGGAUACAAAAAUGGUUGUGAAAAUGGAGAAAUUGAAAAGUAAAAAAGUGGGAAUUAGAAUAACGUGUGAUAAUAUACAUGGACUAAUUCCUAAAGGAAAAAUUCCAACUGUGGCUUCAAUUAUUGAUGCUAAAUGUAAGUUUGAUUUGAGAAUUAAGAUCUUGAGAUGGACUUUCUAG